AUGUCGCCUAAACGAGAGGACGAGGAAUCUGUCGAGGUCAAAGAUCCGAGCAUCAAGUCAGAAGAUGAAUCUGCACCAGCGGCGGUACCCGACGCCACUCGCAAACAAGCCGCGAAGAGGCGCACCAAAACUGGCUGUUUGACGUGCCGCAAGCGACGGAUCAAAUGCGGAGAGGAAAAGCCAUUUUGCAAGAAUUGUGUCAAGUCGAAGCGCGACUGUGCCGGCUAUGUCCAACCGCUCGUCUACAACAACAAAGGACGUAAAGAUCCGAAUAGCGGUGAUCAGCUCUCUCUUCAAGAACAAGAGACGACCCCUACGAUAAAUCUACGCUGGCAGACCGAGCAGCCAUACUCGGGAUCGCACAAUGUUUUCACUCAGGCUGAUGGCCCUUCACCAUACCAGCAGUUGCCAUUCAGUGCCAGUUAUCAUGCUAUAUCUCACCUGCCACAAAAUGCCCCUCACCCUCCGGGUAGAGCACAAGACCACGGUAACCAGCGAUGGCAGGGCCGUCAACCACUCCUGAGCCAGCCCGGUCCCGAAGCGUUCAAUUCAUUAGACCAAUACGCACCGAGUUUCGAUCUAUCGGGUACCUUGGCUGAGGACGCUCAAGCUUUCCUUCCCUUUGAUCCGCAAAUGCCAGCUCAACCCAUGUAUUCUGCUGGAUACCCUCAGUCAGCCACAAUGCAGACACCAGUGUCGGCAUUUUCUUCCAGCAGCCACUUCUAUCCGACAGAGCAUCCGAAUACCGCUCAGCAUCAACAAAGAGCGGCAUCGUUUGGACAGUAUGGUGCGCAUGGUGGCCUACAACAUCUAAGUUACGCUCCUGUUAUGGCCUCCGGCCUAGCCACGGUGGCUGCUGCCGGAUCCCAUCAUCAUGACGAGGAGUAUGAAGACCCCGACGAUCCGUUCGACGUGGACAUGGAAGACCCGGAUCUGUCAUAUUAUGAUGCUGCGAACAAUCUCACGGAUAUACUUGGUCGAUCCGGCCAAGCCGAUUUCCAAGCUGCCAAACUGUAUAUUCCCCGCCGAACCGAGUAUAAGGCGGUCGCAACAUAUGGAUUACCAAUAACUAAGUCACCGCUCCGAGAUGAGAGGAACGAGCAAAUUUUCUGCCAUUUUGUCGAAAUAACCAGCAACACCAUGUCGAUCUUCGAGAGACACCAUUUUAGUCCGAUCGCUGCGCCAGCCCGGACACUCUGGAAUUUUACGAUCCCUGCCCUAGCGUUGGGCCAUGCAGCACUCGCGCACGCGAUGCUGGCUCUCGGAGCGUUGCAUCUUGCAAAGUUGAACAACACCUCAGAGAAUCCUGCGAUCAAGCAUUUUACGUACGCUGUCCGGCGAGUCGGGAGGCUCUUGGGCCUUCCUCAGCGACGCCACGAAAUUCGGACGCUCGCGACGGUUAUGCUUCUUGGGUAUUACGAAGUCGUGGCUGGUGACCACUCGCGGUGGAAUCUUCACUUAUCAGGCGCUGCCAGGCUGGUGUUGGAGCAUGACUAUGCUGGUUUGACCCGAACAGCAAGGCGGAUGCGCCACGGCGCAAAGGCGAGGCUGAGCCAGUGGACAGCUCAAUUUGCCUUGACGGAGGAGAAUUAUGCUCGCGUGGCGGGGAUCCCGCUUGCCCUCCUCGACGAUGCUGACUGGGAGGUCGAUCAGGCACUGAUUUCUCGGCUGCUAGGCGUGCGCGUGGACUAUGACCAUCAAUAUCAACCGAACUUUAGCUUGCGAGCGACCACAUCAACUCUCAGCGAGAAAGAUGUGGAAGAAUUGAAGACGAAGAUGAGUUUGAGAUGGUGGUAUUGCAAGCAGGAUGUCUUUCAGAGCAUGGUCUCCGGUGAUCCACCACUAAUGGCUCUCGAGAAUUGGAGGUACUGUCCGCCCAGAGGUCAAUUUGGGCGCGCCGAUGCCCCAUAUGCCACAUUCGACCACUUGCUGCUUGUCAUGGCACGCCUGUGUGAUUUUGGAGGCAAAGACCGGAGACGGAAGCAGAAAGCGGUAGCUGCUCAAGGCGGGCAAUGGAGACCGCCACCCUGGCUUUUUGGGCCGCAGAGGCCACCCAUACCACCGGGCGGGCAUGGGGCCCCGGGCUCCUCCAAGCCGUCUCCAGUUUCAUCCGCUGGCCAGGCUCCUGCAUCCGCCAAACCAGGAGGAGCUCAGGAUGGACCAAGACCCACUCCUCCAAGUGCGAAUGAGGGUAGAGCCAGGCAAAGCAGACCAGGCGCACCCGGCGGGACGGUGCCAGGACCCCAGCAAGGCGCCAGUCCUCCCAUGCUCGGAAUGAUGCCACCACCGUCGGAGCCUCCACAGCUGGAUUCCGCCUUCCACUCGAUGGACGCAAGCAUCAAGGAUCCCGCGUUUGCUGUCGUGCGCGAGCACAAAGAAUCCAGCCCGCCCACGAAUCUCGAGGAUGACACUGCAAGAGCCAUGGCCGAAUAUGAAGAAAUCACGAGAGCCUUUGAUCUCUUCGCACAAUCACUUGGUCCUGAUUUUGAAGCGCUGAACGACAGCGGAAACCCCAUCUCGUCACCUUUUGGGCCUGCACUGGUGUACAAGAACGCGGCGAUUGCGUGCAUGUGGGCGUGCUAUUAUGUGGCCCGUAUCUCACUGCAACGGCUACACCCUGAGAUGCCGCCAGCCGCGAUGGUUGCGGCUGGUGUAACCGCACACCUCACCCACGAUUACGCGCAGACCGUGGGCAAGAUAUGUGCCGGGCUCUACGCAACGCAGCAAUACGGCCAGACUGGUGCUCUGGAUCCCAGCUUUGCUGGUGCGUUGAUGGAGAGUACCUUCUUCCUCCUCUUUGCGGGGAUCCAGUAUACGGACGCGGCGCAGCGAGGCUGGACCAUCAGCAAGCUCAAGGACGUCGAACGGCGCUGCGGAUGGCGCACGUCGGGUGCCAUUGCCGCAGGGUGUGAGACUGCCUGGGAACGCAUGGCGCAAGCUGGAAGGGGCCCUCCGUACGAACGAAGGCGAGAUGUCCGCAACAAAGACUCCCGGGUGAGCGGUAUAACAACUCGAUCAGACAACUCGUCGCCUCAGAGCGGACAGCAUUCGGAUGCCGUCGCUGACCAACACGAAUCUGAAUUCGUCAAUCACGACCGCAGCCUCAUCGACCGAUCAAGCUCCACUCGAGUACACUGGGCACUUGGCUUGCUGUCGGUGGAGGAAGAUAUCAAGAAGAUGGCGCUGGACAACGACUAG